AUGGCAUGCUUGCAGUGUCCAUUGAUUUACGAGGAGUGGAAGUUCCUUGCGAACCUCGUUUGCUUAGGGCUUAAAGAGCUCGACGUGAUUCUAGGGAUGGAUUGGUUGACACAGUAUCACGUUCUCUUGGACUGUGCUAACAAGGCCGUUGUCUUCCCAGAUUCAGGCGUUACGGAUUACUUGAAUUCGUACACCUUGGGAAAGAGUUCACCAGCAUUUGUGAAUUCUAUCGUAGCUGAGACGAAGAACGACGGUGAAGUACGCAACAUUAUGGUGGUGCAAGACUUUGUGGAUGUAUUUCCAGACGAUGUGCCCAGAUUACCGCCAGUAAGAGAAACAAAGUUCCCUAUUGAUAUUAUGCCCGACAUAGGACCCAUAUCAAUGGCGCCUUAUCGGAUGGUACCCGCAGAGUUGACGGAGUUAGCAAAGCAGUUGGAUGAUAUCUCUUCCAAGGGAUUUAUCUGA